UAGGCAAAGUGGGCACGAUUUUUCUGUUUUUUAACCGAAUUUGUUAAUUUAAUGUAACAAACAAGCGCCAAACAGAUAGAAAACGGUCGGGAAAAUGUGCGGCAUCAAGUUAUCCACUUAAGAAUGUAAAAGAUCUGAUGGAAAAUCGAGCGGGAAAAGCAGAGUGAGCGAAAAUUCAGUGAGUGCGCGUGUGGGGAGAAGAAGAAAAGUGGAAAUACAACGCUGAAAAUUAGCAGCGGCAAAAAACGUUGUAAACAAUUGUAAUGUGCUGAGGACAUAGCCGCCCAGAAAGGAUCGAUCAAAAUGACGGAAACCUUCGACGAGGAGCUGUUCGAGACGCGACUGGAGGCGCUAAAGGACACGCAGGAGGGUAUCCAGCAGAUGUCCAACUGGUGCCUGCAGCACCGCUCGAACCACAAGAAGAUCAUCCAGUGCUGGCUGAACGUCUUCAAAAGGGUUCGCGUGGACCAUCGCCUGGUGCUCUUCUACCUGGCCAACGAUGUCAUCCAGUACAGCAAGCGCAAGCGCUACGAGUUCGUAGAGUGCUGGGCCACAGCCCUUCAAAGAGCCACCACCAUGGUGCGCGACGAGCGCGUCAAAGACAAAAUCCUGCGAAUCUUCAAGAUCUGGGAGCAGCGUGAGAUUUACAACGAGGAGUACCUUAGCGACUUGAGCGGCCUGCUCAACAUAGCGCCGCCCAAAAAGUCCCAGGUCGAUGUGAGUGACGAGUUCCAGAACGCCACUCUGAUAGCCCAGGUGAGGGAGUGCGUCGAACUGGCCGAGACCACCGACAAGAGCAUGCAGAAGCUGCCCAAGCCGCCAACCUUCGAGAUCGAGGUGAUCAAGCAGCAGCUGAAGGACAAAAGCCACUCCGGGGACAUCGAGAAGGAGGUGGAGCGGUGUGUGGCCUUCAUCAAUGCCUACAACAAGAACCUCCAGAACGAGAUUAAGAGUCGGAAGGCGGUUUUGGCCAGUAUUGAGGCGGCAAAAAAGUUCUACGAACACCAGGGCAAAGAAGUCAAGGUGGUGGCCAGUGCCUAUAAAAGUUUUGGCACGCGCAUUAAAAUAGUGAAAAGAAAGCUGGACGAGACCAUACCCAACCUGGCUAGCCCCAUACCCUCGCCGGACGUAAAUGCGCCCUCGCCCGAGCGCGAUGCAGAUCUCCAGUUGCCCGAUGAAAAUAAUUUGCCCAUAAACCUUUUCGGUGGCGGUCUUAAUGGCUUCACAAGUUAUCUGGAUGGUGGCAAGCUGCCCUUUGACAUCAACGACUUCAAGCGGGACUCGAAGGAUCGGGGAAGUGCCAUCGAAGUGAUCGGUUCGCGAUCGGAUGACGAAGCCUAUGUGCCGAGUGCCAAUUUCUACAAGCCCGAGGCCAUUUCCAGUUCCGACAGCAGCUCCAUACCGGGCCUCGGUGGCUCCGCUGAAUAUACUCCCAAUCCGCCCUUGUUUGGCUCGAGCAGCCAAGAGCAAUAUGUCCCGCCGCCGCCCUCACAUCUUUACGGUGGCAACGGAAACGGCGGCGGCAGUGGCGGGCAGGACAACCAGUAUACGCCUGCGCCGAUGCCGCCGCCACCGCUGCCACCCUCUCUUGGACCCUCCGGUGGAUCAGCGGAUGAUUUCAACAGCACCUGGAAUAUGAGCAUGUCCUGGACGCCGCUGGACUCUAGCUUAAAUAGCAGCGGAGCAAGCUCCUCCUCGUAUGCGAACCAAUCCACUCCCCACUCGCCGCCGCACUUUGACAGGAAAGGCAACUCCGCGGCCGCCCCCAUCGAAUAUAACGAGCAUUUGCAUACCAAUUCCGCAGCGCUGGGCGCCGAGGAUGUGGACCAUCGCACCCUGCAGCUGCCGCCGGCCUUCGAUUUCGGUGCAAAGCUUGGUUUGAGCAAGGACAAGUCCAGGCAGCUAGUGGACAUUGAUCACAGGAAUUUAAUAUCGCUUACUGGUUCUCCGGGCGGAGCAGAAAAGGACUUUGCUGGCGGCGAUGUUGACUACCGCAUUGUCCCAAAUCCCAGUGAUGAAGGCAUCAUGGCUCCCCCUGGGAAUAACUAUGCCAAAAACAAGACCAGCUCACCGCUUAAAUCCAAUGCCAGCUCCUCAUCUGAAUCGGAUCGUGUGGAUGGCGCUGCACGCUAUGAUCCUGCUGACAUGGUAAUCGAUAUGGACAUGUCGGAUGAUGACAUCGAUGACACUUUAAGAGAACCCAAGGAAGAUAAUGGGGAAGCUGAUCCCGAGGCCAAUGGCGCCCUGACGCCUUCGCGACCGGUUUUGCUGGAAACUCCGGCUGAGUUUAUUAAUCCUUGGGAGACGAACAAUAGUUUUAUGGGACCACCAUUGCCCGAUGACGAGGAUCAGCAGCAGCAGCAGCAACAUGAACAGCAGCAACAAGAGCUGCAGCAACAUCAUCAGCAGCACCAGCAUCAACAGCAGCAGCCGCCUUGGAACCAAAUGAAUCCCAUGCAAAUGGGAGGAGGGGGGGCACCGCCACCCCCGCGACCUCCAUAUGGACCACCCUUCCCGCCCUUUCAGCGUUUCCCUGGUCCACCGAUGAACGGUCCCGAUGGCAUGCAGCGCGGGCGUGGCAGAGGACGGGGCUGGAACGGUCCCGGACCGGGACCUUUUAGACCGCCUUAUCAACGGAUGCCUGGUCCAGGAUUCGAUGGACCUGGCCCAGGACCGCGGCCAUUCUUUCCAAGGGGAGGAGGACCCGGCGGUCCGAUGCGUGGACGCGGGCGCAUGCGUGGUAAAGCUUGGAUGAUGUAAUUACGUAUUUUAUAAUUCUACAAAAAAGAGAGAAUCCCUAAUUUUAGACUUCACCUAUCUCACUUUGAUUUAAUUUAACAAAAAAGUGUAUUGUAUAGAACAGAUAACACAUUAACCCCAAACA